UUCUGAUUGCAAAGGAGGUCUCAUGUCCACUACAAUUUGCCAAGUGUUGGGCUUUGUGGUCUCAACCCUGGGCUUCGCUGGCUGUAUUGCAGCCACAGCGAUGGAUGCAUGGAGUACGCAGGACUUAUAUGACAACCCAGUGACAGCUGUAUUCCAGUACCAAGGCCUCUGGAGGAGCUGCGUCAGUCAGAGUUCGGGUCUUACAGAGUGCCGGCCUUAUUUCACAAUCCUUGGGCUUCCAGCGAUGUUCCAGGCUGUGAGAGCUCUGAUGAUUGUGGGCAUCGUGCUGGGUGCUUUUAGCCUCCUGGUGGCUAUUUUUUCCCUGAAGUGUUUACGGAUCGGCAAUAUGGAGGACUCUGCCAAAGCAAACAUGACUCUGACUGCUGGAAUCAUGUGCAUUGUAGCUGGUCUCUGUGCUAUCUGUGGGGUAUCUGUUUUUGCCAACAUGCUUGUUACAAACUUUUGGAUGUCAACAGCUAAUAUGUAUCAACCAGGAAUGAUGCAGACACUCCAGACAAGAUACACAUUUGGUGCUGCCCUGUUUGUGGGAUGGGUUGCUGGAGGCCUGGCCUUGGUUGGAGGCAUUAUGAUGUGCAUCGCCUGCAGAGGACUGGUACCCGAAGAGACCCAUUACAAGGCCGUGUCCUACAAGAGCGCUGGAUAUAAGUCUGGAACUGGGUAUGAAGCCAAGAAGGUCCCAGUAGUUGAAACCAAUACUAUCAAAAGUGAUGACGGGAGACGUUCCUAUCCUUCAAAAUAUGACUAUGUAUAAUCCCUUCCUAAACGUAUGGUUUUAGACCAAAGCAACAGCAAAGUCCUAACUUGAAGCCUUUCUCAAGUCUGUUUUCUUAUUUUCUUUGGUUUGGCUUGCUGUUUAUAAAUGUUCUUUUAAUAUGACUGUGUAUAGUUCCUGACAUUAUAAAGACUUCCAUAAGAACUGUUUCCUUCCGCUACAUUUGUUAUAGUAGCAGUUAAAGACAGCUGAAGAAUUGGUUUACUAAUGUACCUUUUGUUGUUUCUUUUAAUAGAUGUAAGUAGAUGUUUAAGACCAGAACAUUACUGCAACGUACAGUGUUGAGUUCAUGUAAAGUUCAUGCAUUGAGACUUCAUUCAGUGUUUGGUUGCCCUUGAUGAAACAAAAUGAAAUACGAGGCUAAAACAACACCAUUACACACAGGCCAAUUAAAAAAUUUAAAAUGUUAAAAACUUAAUUUCAUACAGUACGUAAAACUGAUCUAAUAUAAAUUUCUGAAAUAACCACCACCUGCUUACUGAAUUCCAGAGGAAACAAAGUUACAAUUUGCUUUCUUCUCCUUUCAUUAAAUUCAUCCUCUCUUGAACAGCCAUAUGAGCUUAAACAGAAAAUCCUCAUAUAGAAUAGAAAUAUGUCAAAUAUUUCUUAGAGCAAACACUUCUUUUAUAUAUUUGAAUACACUAUCUGUCAUAAGAAAACCAGCGAUAUACUUCUGACUUUGUGGCAAAGCACAGAAUUUACUGCCACUCUUACAUUUCAGUCCUGAUAAUUUGUGCUGGCAAAACUGCCUUGUCACAAUGGCACCAUACCAUAUUUUUCAUGAGAUCACACUGCUAUGCAAUGCCUUAAGAUAGUAACCAACAACCAGAGGAAUCUGGGCCACAUGACCUUGAGCAGAAUCAUGUCAUGUCACCCAGAGAUGAGGAACCUCCGGCUGUUGUUGGUUCCCAACUCCCAUCAGCCUCAGCCAGCAUGACCAGUGAUCAGGGAUGAUGGCCCACACUGCAGAGUCUUACUGAAGAGUCACAUUGCACCCUGCUGUCAUUCAUUACUGCCAGGGUUAAAGAAAAGAAAAUUGGCCUAAGAAACUUUUGUUUUUGUAUUCUAAUAAAUAUAAUACACUGUUGCCCAACUCUCAUUCUGUCAUUGUUAUUUCUAACAACAUCCAAAGAUGUACUGCUCUAAUUCCAAUAUAAUGGUUUCUUAAUCCAUUGAAUAGUCAUUACAAGUGAUACAGAACCCCAGUAGGAUUACUGUGCAGGUGACACUUGCCAGCCAGGUGAGUUUUCACCUUGGCAGCCAUUUAGCAGGUCAAGGUGCAGGAACUGAGAAAGUUUGAUCACCACAGAAGUGGUACAUAGAUGACAGAAUGGCAGCUACUACCAGCAUCUGUGUUAAAAUACUCGAUUGGAUGGAAGAAGCUAUCUUUCACAUCUCAUGGGUAACCAAAAUACAAGUUAUGUUAUAGCAGAAGUCUCAUUAAAUAUAGAAACAUGUAAUGCAUACUGAUCAUCAUUUAAUAUUCUUUUAGCCCAGCAGUGCUAAUAAAUACUGGAAGGAUUUAUGUUAGUACCAUUUGACAUUUAGUUUUUAGGCAUUUAUGGCUUGUUGCAUAGUUCUUAAGACCUUUUGCAUGUAUUUUUUCUUUUUUAAAAAAACCCCUGACGUGUGUAUUUUUAAUUUAAUUAACUAGCUUUUCACAAAGCUGACCUA